AUGUUUUUUUCAAAAACCAUUCACGCCGCCUCACUCAUCUUCUUCGGCCUCGCUCGAGCAGACUUCUAUCUCGGCACUGCCUCUGGUCUAAAUGAAGAUGGAGGCAUCAACACCCCCAGCCUUGACUCCUACACCACCUACAUCCUCCAAAUCGGAGAUCAGGAUAUCUGCGACUCGACGACUGUUGGCGGUGAUCCCGACCAGCCCUCGACGGAUCCUUCUGCCCCUUGGACCAAUUUCUGUGGAGAGACCUUUAGCAACAAUGGGUGGAAUGUGCAACUAAAUUCGGACGAUCCUUGCGGUUCGAACAUGCCAGGCAACCAAAACAUCCCAGAUGGCGAGUUCUACGCGGACGUGAUCGACCUCGACGCAGCGGCCAGCGGCUCUGCUGUCGUCGUCGGCCGCUGCGUUAGCGAGUACGGCGGUACAACGGAUUGCGCCUCGUGGGGAUCGACUGAAGCCGAGACUUAUAUCCACUGCUACACAGACGCACUUUCGAGCCCGAGGUCUUCCUCUACUGCGCCUCACCUCCCGGAUCCCAUUCCCUCAUACUCAUCUACUCCGACACCUUCACCUGCUUCGCGCCGUCGUAUUAGACGCAGCUUCUAA